UUCUCGGUUUGAUUCUCUGGAAGCAAUCAAUAACGACGUGAACGCCCUGAGGCGUCGUGCCCGUGUACUGUACUGUCCUGCCCUGUCCUGUCGUGUCGUGUCGCCAAAAAAGUAAAGUGGGCAGGUGAACAACAUCUGACGUCACGUCAGCCCGCGUGCACGCGCUGCGUCUGUCGAGCGAGAGCCGGAAGCGACUUUUACCAGCGACUCAAAGCAACGAGGAAGUCACGACCAGCGAACUUACUUUUCUUUAAAACUUCUUCAUCUUUAGCUUUCCUUGUCCACUUUGGAAGAAAAAAAGCCUGGCCGGGGAAGCUAUUUCCGGACCGCCCAGUGUGUUCUGGCGCACCAGAGGAGACCAUUAAGCCUUUUUAAUGUUUGAACUGUACACGAACUGAAGCUUGACCAUGGCCCAGUGGAAUCGCAUGGGCCAAUUGAUACAUUACCUUCCUGUUCACACCAUCAACGACCUCUACCCUGCAGCCACCUUUGACAUUGAAGUGCGGCACUUUUUGUCCGACUGGAUUGAGGAACAAAGAUGGGAGGAGUUUGCAUUGGAGAACGUGGAGCAGGAGGCAAACGCUCGGGCUCUCUUAGACGAGAUCAUCCUGCGGCUGCAGACGUUUUCGCAGCAAAACGCCAACGUGGUGGACAAAAUGAAGCUGAUGCAGAUUAGUAAGAACAUGCACAGCUUGUUUCAGCAGCAGUCGCUACAGUUUGUAGUGAUGGUGAGGGACACCCUGCGCAAAGAGAGGGUUCUGCUUGACACUGCAACCCAGGUAAACAACCCUCCACAGUAUCCUCUAUAUGGCACCAGGGAAUCCACAUUCCCCAAACAGCAGGAUGUAGAUCACUUGGUUCUCAAAGUGGUGGAGGUCCGGGACCUGCGAAAGAAGAUACACCAGCUGCAGGAAGAGCUUAAUUGGGAGAGGCAGAACUAUGAGUCUUUGCAAGGUAGGAGGCAACAAAAUGGACUUGAUCCCACAGCCUCGGAAAUCAAUAAACUACAGAAACACAUACAGCAGCUGGAGUACAAUGUAACCGCCAUGGCAACGAAACGUUUCCAGCUGCUCAAUGAGAGUGUGGAUUGUCUGGACCAGUGUCAGGUACAACUACUCAGCAGGAUAAAGACUUGGAGGUGGGAGCAGUACAAGGCCACCAUCGGACAUCCUUUUGCUGAUGACCUCAAUAUCUUGCAGAUGCGGUGUGAACAGCUUCUUGGUGUAAAUGGCAAUCUGAGGCAAGAACUAAUGAUCAUAGGGGACCCAAUCCCAGAGCUGCAAGAAAGGCUCAGACAACUUCUGCAGGUUCUUGUUCAAAGCUCUUUUGUGGUGGACAAGCAGCCCCCUCAUGUCAUUAAGACACAAUCCAAGUUCUCAACUACUGUGCGCUACCUGCUAGGGGAGAAAGUCGCAUCGGGGAAGCCUGUGGUGUUGAGGGCACAAAUUAUUAAUGAAAUGCAGGCCAGAAGCUUAAAUAUUACACUCAGUGAUAAUGUUGGAGAAGUAAUCAAUAACACAGCCAUUCUUGAACACAACACAGCCACCAAGAGCACAUGUGCCACCUUCAGAAACAUGUCCAUCAAGAAGAUCAAGAGAGCCGACAGGAAGGGAUCAGAGUCUGUGACUGAGGAGAAAUUUGCCCUCCUCUUCUCAACAGAGAUCACGAUCACAGGCUGUGACACUCUUUACAAGAUACAGAUGAUCUCGUUGCCAAUAGUAGUUAUUGUACAUGGCAGCCAAGAAAAUAACGCAAUGGCUACCAUCAUAUGGGAUUGUGCUUUUUCUGAACCAGACAGAGUGCCGUUUGUGGUGCCAGAGCGUGUCCCCUGGAAAGUCAUGUGUAACACUCUCAACAGUAAGUUCACCUCUGAGGUCCAGACAAGUCAUAACCUUCACCACUACAAUCAGCACUUCUUGGCCCAGAAAAUAUUUGAUAAGCCAGACUUUAACGAUGACUUCAGCAACAUGAUGGUUUCCUGGCCUCAGUUCAAUAAGGAAGUGCUCCCCGGACGACAGUUUACUUUCUGGCAGUGGUUUGAGGGAGUGAUGGAGUUAACCAAAAAACAUCUGAGAACAUAUUGGAGUGACGGGCUCAUAUUUGGUUUCAUUGGCAAGCAGCAUCUACACCUGAUUCUCAAAUCCAGGCCCAACGGAACAUUUUUGCUUCGCUUUAGCGACUCUGAGAUUGGAGGCAUCACCAUUGCUUACGUUUCUGCAGCUGAGAAUGGUAGACAGAUCAUUCAAAACAUCCAGCCCUUCACCAAGAAGGAUCUUGAAAUCCGUAGCCUCGGUGACAGCAUCCGAGACAUUAAUGACAUAACGUUUCUCUACCCUGACUUUCCUAAACAUGAUGUUUUCAAAAAGUACUACUCAGAGCCUCAAACUUUAACCAGUGCGGGCUACAUCCCUUUCUCACUCCGCAUGGAGGCUGGCUCAGAGGCACCUAAUGGUGCCAAUAUGGCACAACACACCGAAAGUCACCACAAUGCGGCCGGGUAUCCACUGGAGACUGGCCCAGUUGUGCCUCUUGUUGCCAAUAUGGCUCCUAUGGCUGAAAGCCCCCACAACUCUGUUGGGUUUGUAAUGCAUCAGUUCCAGCAAUUCAGCCCUACAGAGUCGCUCGCAACGGACCAGAUGGAGACCACGGAGUCUCCUGCUGUAGAAUUCAGUUCGAACUCCCCCUCUGUCUUCAAUGCUGACGUGGCCACAGAUGAUAUGGGCCUAGUCUUGGACAGUCUUCUGAAUUAUUCCUACGGAGAGUAGAGGACAUGGCAUUGUUGUCGUUUGGAGCGCGUAAACAAAACAUUCUGCCUUUGAGGAAAUUCCGCAGCCAGCCUUCACGAUCAGACUGGCAGGUAAAUUGAUUUAGGGCUGCAUGGAAGAAAAAAAGUAGUGACUCUUUUUACCAAAUCUUUGGCGAUUGUUUAUCUUUUAUUAUUGAACAGAUUACUCAACACUUAAUGUGUCGCACUUAUGAAAAUGAAAUGAUAAAGAAAUUCAUUUUAAGAUGUUGCAUGAGGCAAAAAGAAUGUUUGAAUUCUCCACCCAUAGGAUGUGAAGCACUUCUAAAACACCCACUGACAAGAUGCAUGUGAACAGUAUUAGCUAAUGUAGCUGUUUCUACUUUCUGAACUUUCAAAUUAUACAUUUGAUUGUAGAAAUGUUAAUUUUGUGAUGCCCACUUCAUAUCAAUUUAUUUUACUUCAAAUCUAUUCACCUUUGCCAAUCAUUUGCUGUCAGUUAUGCAGAGUUUAUACUUAUGACAGACUAAUAGGUUUUAAAUUGGUUUUGACGGGCUAAAUGAACAACUUAAGCAGCUUUUUAACUGAAUAUUUACCAAAAAUAUGUUAGCACCCCAAACUAUUGUGUGUGCGGACAAUAAGCAUAAUGUGAUAUGAUAUUCAUAUUUUACACUGGUAAUUAGUAAUACAGUAUGUCAUCUGUCAUUUGUGUUACCCUGAAUAUAAUCCUUUAAAAAAAACAAAAAAAAAACUUGUGGAUUUUUUUUCAAUUGUGCGACUUGUCAGUAGAAGCCUGUGCUUUAAAUUUAAAAGAUGCUGCUCUUUUCAACAGUCAGUAUAAAAGUUGACGAUAAACGGACAAGAAAAAAAGAUGUCAAGCAAUAAUUUUGGGACAUGUUUUUUUUUGGACAUAUAAAAAUAAAUCAAUGCCAUUUGAUUGGGAAGGCAUGCCUGCAGUGUAAAUAAAAGCUGUCCAUUGCA